AAAACACGUGGGGAAGAAAGUAGAAAGUUCAUCCGAAAAUUCACCGCCAAAAAAAACGAAGUCAACUGAAUAUUUUUCAAACACACCGAAAGAUUUAUUACUAUGAAGUAUAUUCUGGUAACCGGUGGUGUUAUAAGUGGCAUCGGUAAAGGAGUUAUUUCCAGCAGUAUUGGCACCAUACUCAAAGGUUGUGGUCUACGGGUCACUUCUAUCAAGAUAGACCCUUACUUAAAUAUCGACGCUGGAACUUUCUCUCCCUAUGAACACGGUGAAGUAUUCGUUCUUGAUGAUGGAGGGGAAGUAGAUCUUGAUCUUGGGAACUAUGAAAGAUUUUUGGAUGUGACCCUGAAGCAGGAUAAUAACAUUACUACUGGAAAAAUCUACCAGAAUGUAAUCCAACGUGAGCGAAAUGGUGACUACUUGGGCAAAACUGUACAAGUUGUACCUCAUAUAACUGAUGCCAUCCAGGACUGGGUCACCAGAGUGGCUAACUUGCCUAUUUAUGAUGGAGGACAAGAAACUUCUGACGUGUGCAUCAUUGAGCUCGGUGGUACUAUUGGGGAUAUUGAAGGCAUGCCCUUUGUAGAAGCCUUUCGUCAGUUUCAGUUUAGGGUUAAACGUGAAAACAUGUGUGUAGUCCAUGUGACACUUAUCCCAGCCCCUACAGCAACAGGAGAACAGAAGACCAAACCAACUCAGAACAGUGUUAGAGAAUUAAGAGGACUUGGACUAUCUCCUGACCUGAUUAUGUGUCGCUGUAAAACAUCAAUCACAGAUUCUGUGAAGAAAAAGAUUUCUCUUUUUUGUCAUGUAUCACCUGACCAGGUCAUUGAUGUCUAUGACUGCAAGUCGAUAUACAGAGUUCCUCUUCUUCUUCAUGAGCAAAAUCUGGUCCAGUUUUUUGAUGAACGAUUGCAGAUCCCACUACAAACUACUUGCAGACCCAAACACUUUAUGCAACACUGGAAAGAACUGGCUGAACGAGAAGAGCGCGUUCUUGACGUAGUGAAAAUAGCAAUUGUUGGCAAAUAUACUAAAUUAGAGGAUGCUUAUCUGUCUGUGCUGAAGGCUCUCAAACAUGCUUCUUUACACUGCAACAGAAAACUGGAAGUUGUGUGGGUUGAUGCAGAAAACCUAGAAAGGGAAACUCAAACAACUAAUGCAGUGGAGUAUCAUUAUGCAUGGCAGAAACUCUGUGGAUGCGAUGGUAUCCUUGUGCCUGGUGGAUUUGGAAAGAGAGGAAGCGAAGGAAAGAUAGCAGCUGCAGAGUGGGCAAGAACCAAACCAAUACCUUACUUAGGUGUUUGUUAUGGGAUGCAACUAGCUGUAAUUGAGUUUGCCAGAAAUGUUCUGGGAUGGAAAGAAGCAAAUUCAACAGAGAAUGACCCAGACACAAAACAUCCUGUGGUUAUUGAUAUGCCAGAACACAAUCCAGGACAGAUGGGAGGCACCAUGCGACUAGGUCGCCGUCGUACAGUGUUCUGUGAUGUAGAGGACAGUAUUGCAAGAAAACUGUAUAAAAAUGUUGACUCUGUUGAGGAACGACACCGACAUCGAUAUGAGGUUAAUCCAAAAAAGGUGCAUGAUUUUGAAGAAAAAGGAAUGAAGUUUGUCGGCAAAGAUAUUGAGGGUGAGAGAAUGGAGAUAAUGGAGUUACAAGGACACCCAUACUUCAUUGGAGUACAAUUUCAUCCAGAAUACAUAAGUCGACCACUCAAACCAUCACCACCUUACCUGGGGCUUAUUUUAGCAUCAAUCGGAAAGUUACAACAGUAUAUCAACAGAGGCUGCAGGCUAUCACCCAAAUGUAGCAUCAGCGAAGACGAGAGUGACAGUGAGGGUGAAACAGAACUCAAAACAUAGAUAGUUCAUAUUAUUUAAGCUAAGCUAUUUGUUAUGUUGCAUCAUCAAGGCCAUAUUAGUGGUAUUUUGCAAAAGAUUUCUCAUAACAAUCCUUUGUUAAUACCACCAUGUUAGAGCAGUUUUCGUAUGACUGUGAGAAGCUCCCAGCACGCACACGGUCCUGCCACAACAAGGGAUACGCCAGACCAGUUACAUUUUUCGAGAAUUUACUCUCCAUCCAAUCAAAUACCCGGAACACGGCAUAGACACACUCACACCAAGGUCAAGUCACUGACAGGCCAAUCACAUUGUGCAAGAAAAAAUCAGCCAAUUAAUAUUCUAGGAAACAUUGACGGUCACGGCACUGAACUUUUCACAGUCAUAUGAAAACUGCUCUUAAUACUGCCAUGUUUUUGUCUCCUGACUCUCUCAGGAAAUUGAGAUUUUUUAGGUGCAUUCACAUCCAAACUUGACAGGCCAUAAAACUGAGAAACAAUCUAAUCAUAUUCAUGAUAUUUUGUCGUGAGAAAUAUUUUUAAACAAAAGAUAACAAAUAUAGAAAAAAAUAAAAGACUUUAAAAAUAAAACAAAAUAAUUUUUUCAAAAUUGAACAUUUUCUUGGUGUGGCUUAUUAAGCUCCAUUAAUUUUGGAUGUGUUUGCAGCCCUCACAGUAUUUUGUUUAGCUCAUGCCAAUAUCUAAUGCUGCAUUUAUUACUGUAUGUAUGCCAGAGCAGGGCAGGUGAUAUUUUUCAAUACUGUACUCUUAAAAUUUUGGUCUACACUUGUUCUUUGAAAAUAAUUUGAGAUGUACCCAUUGAACUCACAGCUCGCCCUCCCCCUCCCCCCUCCUGAAUUUCACUUUACCACCUGGCAUACAUGACGAUAUCAGCCUAACCAAAAUAUAUUUGCUGUAAAAAUCUGUAAAUAAUUGGAUUUAAUUUGCACUUAAAAAUUGAUGUUUAUAGCCUACAUGUUUUUGCUUCAUUGGUUUAAACUUUUGUUUGUUUGAACGGUUCAAGUUGCCCAAAUGUAAACUUAUUAAUAAAAUUAUUUUAUUAGAACUACAUAAUUCAGUACAUGUAGCUAAAGAAGGUGUAAGUUAUGUUAUUAGAGCCUGGAGAAUCAAAUAAGCAUUAAAAAUCUGUACUAAUAAAGCUUUUUAGCUUAGGCACAAUAUUUUCCCAUUUCAAACCACGCCAUUUUCUAAGGUAUCAACAGGUAUUACUUUUUGUUUAACAGUUGCAUUAUUUUUGAGAAUAUGGAUAGAACUUAAACAAAGAAAUUUAUUCUCAUACCGUGAAAGAAUAAUCAAAGUAAUACAAAUUAGUAGACACUGAUUCCUUUGCUUUUUUUGGCUUUACUUGGACUGUUAGUUACUAAUUAUACAACAUUAUUUCACAAGCCAAAUAAAAUCACUCUUUGCCCAGAUAAAAAGUCUAUAGACCCAUUGCAGCACUUUGGAAUACAGCUCAAUCUGUGGGACAAAACAAUAGGUUCCAAUUCUCAGGAGAUUGGAAUUCUUUUGUUUUGUCCCCCAGAUCAAGUUGCUUUAACGUCACAUGCAAAUAUUUAUAAUUUCUUGAAAUUUUAUUUUAUGCCAAAAAUUUGCUACGUUUACGUAGUUAGACAAACUCCUUUUAGUCUGCUUCUAUAACUUUCAUAUUCGUAAAAUGUUCUUAUUUUAAAAACCAAAGCAUUGGAAAUCCAUAUAAUAGACUGUUUUUCUUAAUUUGGGCAUAUUCUUUUGUUUUCUUUAUUUAUCUGUCAUUGUAUCCUAUCUCGCAUAAAGCCGUUCUUAUGCUUUGACUUGUUAAUAAUUAUUUUGCUUCUUUAUUUAACUAUAUUUUUUCCUCAUUCUCUACAAGAACUAGGAAGCUCAUCUAGGGAGUUAGAUUUACAAUGAUUUAGUUUAUUAGUUUACAAUAAUUUUUACAAUUUAAAAAUAAUAUACAAUAUAUAAUACAGUAAUUAGAGUAUCCUACCAUGGAAUAUUCCAUAGCAUACUAUGAAAAUACAAGCGACAAAUGGGAUAUUCCAGGGUGUGCCAUAAUAAAGCAUUGCAUAACUAUUGUAUACUACACAAAAUACUGAGGCAUUUAGUUAUAAAAUGGAAGAUAACGACGCUUGAUGCAAAAAAAAAAAAAAAA